UGUGGUAGAGGCACGGCAUCUUGUUGUUUGUUUGCGACACAUCAGAGGAAAACAAAGAGUUGACGAAGCAGCUCAGUUUGGGAUUAACAGGAUGGCAGACAGCUGAAACCUUCCGCCUGACCACACUGCGUUCACAGCGGCUAAGGAGCCAAACCAAAUAACCCAAACCACCUGAUGACCAGGAAGAGAGCUCAUCUUCUAACGACAGCGAACCAUUAUCACAAACCAGGUAACAUGAUGGAGGUGGCUGGUCCGUGGACAGAAGUAUUCGAGGGCUCGGAGAGGAAGGAGUCGUCUGAUGGAGCAGAGACACUGCUGGGGAGCUCCACUCUGACUCUGGCUCCUCUGGUGGCCGACUCUCCUUCUGUACGGCGCUCCCAGCCCAUCCUGAUCACUGUGAACAGGACGAAGGGCGUGGAGUCAUUUUCCUCCUCCGUCCCGUCCAUACCCAACCCUUUCCCAGAGCUGUGCAGCCCCUCCAAGUCUCCAGUGCUCAUCAGUUCACUUCCCUCUCCGUCCACUAACAAACAUUUGAUAAAGGUGUACGGAGAGGACAGCCACAGCAGGUCGGUGUGGGUGUGUCGAGAGGCCACGGCCCGAGAGGUGUGUCACAUGUUGGUCCAGACGGCUCACUGCAGCGACCAGGAGAACUGGGCUCUGCUGGAGCUCCAUCCCACCCUGGGCCUCGAGAGAUGUCUGGAGGACCACGAGGUCGUGCUGGAGGUUCAGGCGACGUGGUCCCUCAAAGGCGACACGAGGUUCGUUUUCUGCAAAAACUACGCCAAGUACGAGUUCUUCAGGAAACCGAUGCUCUUCUUCCCAGAGUGCAUGAUCUCUGACAGCGCCGAUGUCAGCAAGGGGAUGACAUCAUCAGAGCUCAUUCAGAAUCUGCUGAAGUCCGGGACGUGUCCGGAGAUUCAGGGUUACCUGCAGGUCAAAGAGCCCAGCCGCAAAGCCUGGAAGAAGGUCUACUUUUUCCUCCGCCGCUCCGGACUCUACUGCUCCACCAAAGGCUCCUCCAAGGAGCCUCGGCACCUGCAGUACGUGGCUGAUCUGGACGAUUUGAACGUGUACACCGUGGUGAACAGCCGUAAACUGUACGGAGCGCCUUCAGACUUCACCUUCUGCAUCAAGCCCUCCAAAAACCCCGUCCGUGUUCAGGACCUGAAGAUCCUGUGUGCUGAGAACGAACAGAUACGAACGUGUUGGACGUCGGCCUUCAGACUGUUCAAGUACGGGAAGCAGCUUCAGUGCAACUACCAGUUGUCCAAGUCGGCCCCUCGAAGCCUGGAAGGAUCCAAACUCACAGAGAGCAAAUCGGAGGCGAGCCUGGUGGCCAUGGACUUCUCGGGGAAGGCCGGCGGACGGGUCAUCCAGAACCCAACGGAGGCCCAGUGCGCAGAGAGGGAGGAGGGGCAGGCCUGGAGGCGGAGAGAAGCCCUGAGGUGCAGUCUGCCCAGCCUGAACUCUGGAGCCAGACCGUCCUCCAUCCACAAGUCCCAGCCGUGGUUUCAUGGCGGUGUGUCCAGAAAGGAAACACAGAGACUGAUCGAGAAGCAGGGCCUGGUGGACGGGAUGUUCCUGAUCCGUGAGAGCCAGCAGCACGCCCAGUGCUUCGUCCUCUCGCUGUGCUACAAGCUGAAGACCAAACAUUACCUGGUGAUCCCUUGUGAGGAGGGAGGCAGGAAGUACUACACCAUGGACGACGGCCUGACUCUCUUCAUAGACCUGCUGCAGCUGGUGGAGUUCCACCAGAUCAACAAGGGCAUCCUCCCCGUGUGCCUCAAACACCCCUGCGUCUGUGUAGCGCUAUGAGUCCCGCUCAGCUGUGACCUUUGCCCCCGUCGGCCCUGAAUCACACACCUUUGACUCAAGUGUAAAGUGUGAGUCGUCAGAUUGUUUUCUAUCUGUUCAGUUAGACAUGUGGAUGCUGUGGCAGAGCGGUGCAGAGCGGUGC